CGGGAGCUGAGGAUUUCCGGCUACUCAGGUUGUGGCGCGGCGACUGCUGCAAGAUGGAGGUAGGCUCGGCGGCCGAAGAUGGUCGGGAUGGUCCCCGGGAGCGGCAAGGCUUGGGUGAAGCCGAGAGGCCGCAGCAAAACCACGAAGUGCGGCCUCAGUCUGGGGCAGACCGGGUACCAAAACAUUCCUACUGGUUGGAUCUCUGGCUCUUCAUCCUCUUAGACGUGGUGUUGUUUUUCUUCGUGUAUUUUUUGCCCUGAAUGGUUUGCCUGAUACCUAAAUUAAGAAUUUUGGCUCCUGGAGUGGAUCCUGAAAAUGACUACAAACUUCUUGAACAAAGAAGACAGGAUUGUGCACCAGAAGAAUUUCAAACUCUAAGGGACCUUCAUUUCAUUUUACACAUUCUGUUAUUCUUUGGGGGGACUAUAUUAAAUGCGUAAUGA